UUUUCGCUGCAGUAUUUACAGGACGGUCAGUGAUUCAAUCUAUUUCAUACACAUCUACAUGUACCUCAUUGUCACAAAUGUCCUUGGAAGCCACUGUUUUUUAAGACAUUUACACUAAUUAAGGCAGAAUAUUUAUAAAAUAUAAACAAUCUAGGAAGUCUUACUGGCAAUGAACGGGUAUUGGAGUAUCUAAUGUGGUUGAAGAUCUUAUUUGAACACAAUGUAGCGGUGCAGACUAUUGCAGACGGUAUUUAAAUUACUUCAGCGUUUGUCUUUAUGAAAUAUCUUGAUCUUAUGACAAAGCGAGCAUGCAACGGAUAUCUCAGUUGCUUAAUAACAUGCUCCUUGUAUAUUAACAGUUAUAUUUUAAACAUUUUCCUUCAUUUUCGCUUAAGGAAACGGAGGUUAAGGUGCGUGUCCAAAAAGUAUGGAAUGCCUGGAUUCCUACGUAAAAGCAAGAUAUUUUUAUCAUAAAGAAUGGGCUCCCGAGCGUAGAAGAGUUCUCAAAGAUCUGGAAAGCAUCAGAGAUGAAGUUCAACGACAAGCAACGAUUCACUCCAUUGGAUCCAUCACUUACUCCAGUGUCGGGCUUGUUGGGGGAGGAUUAGCCAUCGCAGGAAUAAUCACAGCUCCAUUUACAUUCGGGGUUUCUCUUGGAUUAACCGUGGCUGGUACUGCAACGGGAGUGGCGUCUGGAGUCGCAGGCGUUACUCACGGAGCAGUCAAAACUGGAAAAGUUAAAACACAGAUUAACAAUGCCAAAACGAAUUUAGAGAACCAUGAUAAGCAUUGUAAAGAGAUGACGCGUUUCUUAGAACUGCUUAAAGAGGACAUUAAAACGAUAAAGGCGAGUAUUAAGGAUACUAAUGAAUUAAAAAUUCCGUCUUUAGAUCAAGAUCUAAAACACAUCGGAAAGGCUGCUGGAGUUGCUAAAGGAAUUGUAAAUUUGGUGAACAACUCAAAAGCAGUUAAUGUCUACAGAAUCACAGGCAACGUAGAUGAGGUUGCUAGGGUGAUGAGCCUUGGAACAGCAUUGGAUGACAUAAUUCCAUCAGUAUUUAAAGAUGUCUCAAAAGGGGUUACCAAAAUAUCUACAGAGGCAUUGAGCGCACUGGCAGCUAUCGGAAUUGUAAUGGAUCUGUGGUCCUUGUGUACGAGCACAGCCGAAUUGUCCAACUUCCAAAAAGGACAACUGUGCUCCGAGGCAGAGAAUCUUCAGAAGGUCAUUAAAGAAAUGCAACACGAGUAUGAUGUCUUAACACAAUGCUUCUCAUGAAACAAAAGUUUGUGCAAUGGAAAAUAUUUUUGGGCCAAAUAAACGUGAAUUUUAUAGAUUGAACAUACGAAUGUUUUGAACAUAAUUCAACAUUAAUUAGUAGAAAGUGGUCAGGGAAAAGGCAAAACAAGUGAAUAACCGAUUACCGUUUAUACACGCUUUUUAAUUUUAUUAUUGAUUUUUUUUACCUCGCAAUUUUAAAAAAGUUGACUUCUAAAUGUGAUGCUGACAAUUGUCAAAGCUUGCUCCAAAGGACAUGGCAUUUAGAUUUUCUAUGAUUAAUUUAUACGAUCUAAAAAUUUUCGAAUAAAGGUUAGAGGAUUCCUGAAGUUGAAUUUUAUAAAAUUCCUUUAUUAUUUUUUGAGUAAAAGGACUCUUUCAGCUCUCCGUUUAUUUUAGUAGCUUAAAUUCUUGAAUCUUUUUGUGACCCAUUUAUGACCCUUUUAUCUCAAUAAAUUGACAUUGUAUGUAUGUGCAUAUUGACUCAUAUGUACAUAAUUUAAUUGAAAUGUAAUCAAAUGUAUUUGAAACUGAGGCCAAAGUAUUCGCAAUUUACGCCCUGAGUGAGUUUAUAUAUCUUGGCCAUAGUUUUAUUGACUUUUAAAAAAAUAUUCUCUGAAAAACUGCAACUACACAUAAUAUAUAUCUGCACUAAAUUACAUGUAGACUGAAUUACAAGCGUGAAUGGGAUUGAGUGUU